AUGAACAAAUACAUUUUCGUCGCUUUUGCCCUAUUCGCUGUUUUUAUCAGCGUGAGGUGCCAAGAAGUCCUCGAAGAAGUCAAGCCCAAAUACGUCAAAACGCUCCUCACUCAAAGCAUGGAAAAAUUUGACGAAAGAUUGGAAAAGCUGGAGGAAACAUGCCCCGGAGUUAGCCCAAAACUGAAAGCAGCCGUCAAAUCUUUCAUCGAAUGUGACGAGAAAUUCGACGAUUCCUUGACGAUUUGCGAAUCCAUCCAAAGCUACACCUUGAACUGCAUCACACCGUUGCUUCAGGUGAUCGACGACUGUCUUCCGCAAAACGCUAAAGGUCUUCCCAUUCUGGGUGUCAAGAGCCUGCUUUCCGUGGCCGAUUUCAUGUGCAAACAAACUGGAGAGUCGAUUUUCGAACUGGCGAAUCCGUGUCUGUUGGAAGAUUCGGAAGAAACUAACGAAAAUAAUGAGUGCAAACACAAGAUAAAUCAGUUUAUUGAAAACUAUGAAGGUAAAGACGACAUUCCGACACGCUCUGAAAUUUGCACUCUUGCCACAGGCUUCAAGAGCUGCGUACGGAGAGAUGUUGACGGUCUUUGUAAGAACCAGAAGACGAGGGAUGUCGUUAAUGGACUUCUUGAUGCUGUGGUUGCACCGUGUAGCAACAUUAAUACGUAUACUCAGUGUUUCCAAGAUCGUUUGACAAUGAAAAAAGACCCUAGGGACCCCCGACAUUCUUUGCCCUUAGAAAAAGAUACUAGUAGCUCCCGAGAUUCUUUGCCAAUUGGAAAAUACACUAGGAGUCCCCGAGACACUUUGGCAUUUAAAAAAAACACACUAACGAUUCCCGAGAUUCUUUGGAACUUAGAAAAAUACACUAGAGGUUUCAGAGACUCUUGGGCAUUAAAAAAAGACAUCAGAGAUCCCCGAGAUUCUUUGGCAUUAGAAAAGACACUGAGGGUUUCGAAAAUCUCUGGGCAUUUAAAAAAAGACACUAGGGAUUCCCGACAUUAUUUGCCACUAAAAAAAAAGAUACAAUAUACUGAGGGUUUCCAAGAUCGUUUGACAAUUAAAAAAGACCCUAGGGACCCCCGACAUUCUUUGCCCUUAAAAAAAGACACUAGCAGCUCCUGA